AUGCCUAUCCACAUUUCAACCGCGGACUUCGACACGGACUGGCCUGCGAUAUGGCAAGUCCUGCUCGAGUCGUCCGAGGACGCAUGCCUAUCUUUUGACCAGCAUCGGGAUUUCGCAUCGCAGGCGCUGAAAGAGACUGAAGAUGAGUGGAGGCGGAGGAUGGUGGAACAUGUAAAGAAAACGUACGCGACCGACCCAACGUCCUAUAUCGUGAAGGCCGUCGACACCAACUUUGGGAAUAUAGUCGGAGUCGCACUAUGGAACAUCUAUACUACAAGCAGUGGUUUGAAAGGUGCCACUACGAAGCAGAAUAAGUGGAAGAUCUAUGGAGACGAGGACAUGACGCAAGAUGCCAACGGGGUGCAAGAGCGCCAGGUUUCCGCGAUGAAACUGGUCGGAUAUCCUCACGUGUUUCUCGUCGCAAUCGCAGCGCACCCGCGGUACGAGACGCCAGAAGUCAAGCGCUUGUUGAUGCAGUGGGGACUGGAUAGGGCAGACUCCUUGGGCUUAGAGGCCUGGUCUUACUCGGCUAAUCCAGAUGCGUCUCUAUACGUCUCGAGCGGCUUUCAGUCCGUUGAUCAGAACACUCCGGAUCUGCCUGAUUCUGGACCCUCCACUCUCUGGAGGAUGUGUAGACCGGGGGCCAGGAAUCGACGCGCGCACAAGGACUUCUAUCUCGAUACCCAGGGAUUCUGGUAG